AAUUUUUGUGAAUAGUGAUUUUGUCAUUUGUAUUUUGUGUCUGUAUCUUGAAUUUAAUUUAUAUAUUGCGGAUUCUACACAAUAAUUGAGGCUAUUCUAUUUCAACAGGAAUUUGUUCGGAAAAUUCAGACUAAUUUAAUCAAUACCACAAUGUCGCAAGUAAAAUCUAGUAAAAAAAUCAAGUGGGCCUUGGAUUAUAACCAAAAGAAUAAAACCCAAACAGCUGAUUUGCCUUCGCCGCCGGGGUACAGCCAAUCCGCUAACGCAAGUUAUACAGAAUCUUCAAAGGAUACAGACUCGAACCUUCUCUUGAUUAAAAAGCUAUGGGAUGUUGCCCUAGGACCUCUAAAGCAAGUGCCCAUGAAUUUAUUCAUAAUGUAUAUGGCAGGCAAUUCCAUCUCAAUAUUUCCAAUUAUGAUGGUAGGAAUGCUGAUCGUCAGGCCUGUAAAAGCUUUGUUUUCAACGCAAAGUACAUUUAAAAUGGUGGAAGGAACUCAAGCGAUUGGGCAAAAGUUUGUUUACAUUAUUGGAAAUAUUGUAAAUAUAUUAUUAGCUCUUUAUAAAUGUCAGAGCAUGGGACUUUUACCUACACAUUCCAGUGAUUGGUUGGCUUUCGAAGAACCUAUAAUAAGAGUUGAACAUAUUGCAGGAGGGCUAUCUAUGCUAUAAAUACAAAAAAAAUAAAAUUUUGUGUGUACAAUUUCACAAUGUAACUUCAUAAAGAUAUUAUAGGCGCAAAGAGGAGACCUAAUAUAAUUUAUAAUUGUUUAAACUGUUUAAAGUAUUUUAUUUCAUUGCAAAAUAAUGAAACAAAAUACAUUAUAUAAUAAAUAUUACAUUGUUGUGUAUAGUGACACAUUUUUGUUUCAUCAAGUUUGUAAUGCAUUAGUUUCAAUUGCAAAGAACAAUGUUUAUGUAUACUGCUAUCUUUAUUUAUUUUAAAAUCAUAUUUAAUAGUAAAUGUUAUUUACAGAAAAAUAAAUUCAUAGAUGUA